GGGAUAGGUCGGUUUUUGGCGGCUUGACCGGUCGGCGACCGACCGUUAUUGCGUUUGCGUGAUCGGCGGCGAGGACGUCGAUAAGCGAGCAGGAGGAGAGGUCAGCUGCUGGCGGCUUUUGGCAGGUCGGGGACCGAGCGUAGGUUGCGCUUGCCUUCUCGGGGCCGGUGUGGAGUGUCUCUGUGUGUGUUUAGUUAAGAAUGAUCGCAGGUCAUCAGCAACUAGUCGCGCCUGGAACGGUGUGGUGGGCUGCAGCCGCUCUGAUUAGCGUGUUUUCCAUCAGCACGAUGAUGUUUGGUUGCGUGUCUUUCGGCUGGCGGAAGAAGAACCGCCACGUGCAAGAGGAUGACCAGCCUUUCCCGCGCCUGCGCAAGCGCGCGGAAAUCACGGGGCAGUCGGACCUGGAGGCCGGGCAGCAGCUGCGCCCCCAGGUGAGCGCAAAGAUGGGCGCUUACGACCCCAUACGCCGCGGAAACCGACUGUUGGAAGGGGGGAGGACCUCUCCGGCACUGCCACGUGGCACCUAUCUACUCAAGGACAGCGGGGGAGGAGGAGACAGAGCCAAGCCCCACGUUAUCGCCAGUCGCACCGCGGCUGCCAUCGACGGCCUGAAGCGGAUCUCUAAACUCGAAUUGCGUUAUCAUGAUGUCAUCAAAGCGACCAACAACUUCGAUCCCAAGAGGCUGAUCGGCCGGGGGGGAUUCGGGUCGGUCUACAAGGGUGUGCUGCUCAACGGGCGGGUCGUCGCCGUCAAGCGAAUGGAUCGUGGCAAUCAUCAUCUACACAGCAUUCGGCAGAUGGGAGGUGCUGAUCGGCUGCUGCCAGAUCAGCUCCUUUCGGAGCUGGAGGUUCUGGCCCGAGUCCAGAGCAAACACUUAGUCAAUCUUGUUGGCUACGCGAUAGGUGUGGGAGCGGGCGCGGGGGAGGACGACGCUGCAUCGGCCAUAGCCGCAGCCGCGGGGGAAAGAAAAAGCGAGCUCGUUCUCGUCUACGAUUACAUGCCUAACGGCUCUUUGUACGGUCACUUGCACGGCAAACACGCCGGCAAUAACAGUCUGAACUGGACCACCAGACUCAAGAUCGCCCUAGAUGUCGCCCAGGGGAUUAAUUACCUCCACCAUAUCUGCAAACCUCCCAUCAUCCACCGCGACAUCAAGGCGGGAAACGUGCUUCUCAACAAGGAGUUCGUCGCCUGUGUUGCAGAUUUCGGUCUUUCGAAGCUACUGGGCCACACGGAGAUCGGACCCGAUGGUCAAGCUCACGUGACGGACAUGAGCAACGACGUGAAGGGCACGUUUGGCUACGUGGACCCCACCUACAUCCUGACACGUCAGAUCGCGCCGAAGAGUGACGUGUACAGCUAUGGCAUCCUCUUGCUGGAGUUGCUGACGGGGAGAAAGCCGCUCGAUCAACUCACGCUUCCGAUAUCCGACGAUGAGGAGGACGGGCCGGGGCGUCGGGUGGACGCUAGGGUCGGCUUGGCGGAGUGGGCGGUCUCCAGGAUCGCCAAGGAGAAGGUGGAUGAAAUCAUGGAUCCGAAACUGGGGAGGCAAUACGACAAGGAGGUGGCGCAGAGAGUGGGGGAGCUGGCGGUGUCUUGCGUGAAUCCCGAUCGGGAGUUGCGACCGGCCAUGGCGCGGGUGGUGGCCAUUCUCUCUCAGCUGAUCAACUCCAUGAGCAAUCCGCACAACAACAGCAGCGGGGGGGCCAGGGGGGAAGGCGCGGCAGCUGCUGCGGGAGAGGUAGGUGGUGGGGGGGCGGAGGAGGACGCGGCCGGGAGGAAGCAUCAGGCGCGCGGGGCAGCGGCGGACGGUCCGCCAUUGGCGAUUAUGCCGCCGCCGCCUGCUGCGCCGCCCUCGCCGACAUCGCCGGCAGCGGGUGCGAAAGCGCCGCCGGCGGGUUUGUCGGCAGGAGCUAUAACAAGUAGCCCGGCGACGAAAGCCGCCGCCGCAGCUGCGGAGGCGGCGGAGCCGCGAGCGGCGCCCGCGGGUGCCGGGGAGGGUUCGGACGAAGACCCCUCAGCCGACAGGAUGACCGGAAAGGUGGCAGUCGUUGUGCAAUCUUCGGACGACGGCCAGGCAGGUCCCGGCGCAGGCGGUCGGGAUCAGCGGACCAGUUUGACGCCCGUCGCGGUCGGGGUCGCCCACAGCGUGCAUCCCGUCCAUGCGCGGAAGGUCUUUGCGGUUCCGACCGAUACUGCUGGUGCUGGUGGCGGCGCUGCCACGUCAGCAGGUGCUUCGCCUCGUGCUGAUGUGGGUGCCAUCGGCGAGUCCCGAUCCUCGUCAGUCCCUGCCGUCGCGGUCAAACAACACAAGGACCAAGGUGGAGAGAGGGGAGGAGGAUCAGGAGGAGGGGAUGCCAUCCGCCGACGGAGUCUGGAUAAGACAGCAACUACCGAGUCCAGCACCGUGUCUCAUCAGCGCAGGAGCGAAGAUGGGGGAGGAGGGGAUUGUGUGGUAGACCGACAUUACUUGGAGCCCUCAACAACACUUUCAGCGGCAGCAACAGCAGCAGCAGCAGGAGCGGGAGUAGCAGGAGGAGGGGGGAAGCCUCGACGAGGCGGCGAUCCUGCAAAUCAGAUAGAGGACAAGAUUCUGGCGGGGUCUUCUUCGUCGUUGUCAACAGCGUCGACUAUAUCUAGCUUUUCGAAUGAUGAAGAGGCAAGCUACCCUGCAGCGACAGCCACGUCUGCUGUUCGUCCGCGAGAAGCCGCUCCUCAGGGGUUGGCCGGCGAAGACUCCUCUGGAAGCAGCGAUGGCGAAUCUUCUGGUCCGUAUAAGAAUGGCAAGGACCGGUCGCACGAUGAGGAGGGUGCAGGGGGGGGUGGAGGUUAUCUCCCGUCGCCCUCCAAGGAGGAGGGAGGACAAUCGACUCUUAAAACGCACAAGCUGGGCCAUCCUACCGCGAAUGACGAGGCAGACAAACCUGCUAAGGUAAGUAAUCCUGUGCUGAAUCCGGUGUCAGCGGAGAAACAAGUGCCUGCGCAGCCGCAGCCGCCGCCGCAGCAGCAGCAAGACCGAGUUGUGAAUGGAGAGGUGAUGGGAAACAUGGUUGUGGGAGAGACUUAGGCAGAUGUCGGUGGGAACUUCGUAAAGACGGAAAUUGUCAACAGAGACAUGGAGCAGACACGCUUGUCAGAUGUUUCCCGAUGCUGAUUUUUUUUUUAUCUGUAAAUACCUAUAUAGGUCGAUAACGCCACUUGUGCCGGAGGGAGUAGGUUGUCCUUCUCCCUCCUGCCUCUGCUUGUGAGAAGGACGCUACUUGUGCCGGCGGUCGUGUUUGCCUGCUGGUUUGCUCUGGGUUCGUUGGGAAAGGGGCAAGGGGGAGUGCAGAGAGAGAGAGAGAGAGAGAGAGAGAGAGAGAGAGAGAGAGAGAGAGAGAUGCAGAGGAGAUUGGGAAUCAUUGGCAUGUAAUAGGAUGCAGUCGUCGUCUAGAUGCUCACUCAUUCCAUAAUGAGGAGAGAGAGAGAGAGAGGGGGUGAGUUUUUUUUCAGUCGCUGAAAGGAGUGCUGGGGUAGCAUGUGAACUGUUGUGUCCGCCUGUGCCGAUGUUUGCUUCCGUUUUGCCCCUUCUCCCCCUCUAGGCUUGCUUUCUUAGACGCUUGGUGGGUUCGUCCUUAACGUCCGGCGUUCAUCUUAUCUGGGUUCUCGACCCUCGAUCACCCGAUCGAUAGUGUGUUAAUAAUGGAUCCCGAAUCCCGAUCUACUUUUCUUUCUCUGUUUGCAGUAGACGUGAUUCGACACGUG